AUGAGUGCGUCCCAUGUGAGUGACGCGCGUCAGAAUCCCCCUUCUGGCGUGAUAAAUGGGAGAGGGGUACCACAGGGUUCGACUGAGGCCAAAGAAGUUAGUGAAAGAGUGGAAGAUAAGAGCAAGUACGUGGAACGUAGGAGAAUGGGAUGCAAAGAGGAAGAGAAAGAAUUAUUUAGACAAGAGUUUGAGGCUGCCUUUAGAACAGUGAAAGAGGAGAAAUUAGUAAUAGGAGCUGAUAUGAAUGGCAGUGUGGGAGAGAGAGGAGAUGGGUAUGAGGAAGUACACGGAGGCCAUGGGUCAGGAAUUAGAAAUGAAGAUGGGGAUUAUUUAUUGCAGAUGGCUCAGAGUUUUGAAUUGGCCUUCUAUGCUUUUGUUGACGGACCCUCAGUCCUCCCCGCACUCUCCUCCAUUACUUGA